AUGCGGCUACAAAUGUGAUCAGCAUUCACGAGUGCACUUUGUUGAGCGGCAUAGUUUUAUCGCAGCUGACGUGAGUCGCAAGCUACCGAUUUUUAUUAGUAUUAGCGGAAGAAUUCUCAUUUUGUGAUUGGAUAUAUGAUAGAAAUCAGCACAAAUUAUAUUUACUUUAACAGUGGAUCCCUUCAAUGUUUACAUCAUUUCGCUGCCACACUGCGCUGGGAAUCAAAUUCAGGUCGUCUGACAGACGACACUAUUAGAGUCUGUAUUGCAACAUCCGAUGUGAUUCCAAAAUGUGUCGCUCUUCAGUUUCUCGCGUUUACAUAUGCAUGAGCCACUAUAUAUUGACACUUGAUGAUCAGCAGUGAUUAAACAGCAACCUGCACUGUCUGGAUAUGUACCGGGAAUCAGUGGUGACCAAAUUAUCCUACCUUGAUUUACAUAAUUAUUAUACUAGGAGUUUCGGCAUCUGCAACCUUUAUCCCGUCGCAAUCACGCGUGCAGUUUGUCAGGAGGAAAAAUGUUAUAAUAGUGCAUGCUGAAACACCCCAACGACUUGGAAAUGUUCGCCGAAAUGAAAGUUUUGCUCGGCGCUUCAAGAUGGACUUUUCCUGCAAUUUUUACGCUGCUUCCUUUAAAGCGGACACUGUUCUUUAUUGUGUGUCUUUGGGAUGCUACUCAAAUAGCCGGUUUCGGUAACGAGUGUCCGGCAAAUGCCAUGGCACGAUAUAAAAUGGAGCUAAGAGGCACCUGGAUGGAGCCAACGUUAAACAAGCGGCUGUUGCCGGGUGGAUUUCCGGAACGAUGGGUGUGGUCGAACGGAAUAGGGGUAUCUUUGGAUGCCAGAGAGGAUCCAUAUUAUAACGAAACUAUCAAAAGCAAAUUCUAUAACUUUGUGCGCAAAGGUGGCUUAGCUCAGACUAUAUCCGAAUUAAACCGAUUCGGCUCGGGCGUACUGGAUACCUUUAUCAUACCGGCAACAGCGUCCACGGGAGGUGAUUCCACGAGCGUUUUCUUUGUCGACUCCAAUCAUUCCAGAAUAUCUUUUAUGAGCCGCAUGAAUCAGAAGCCGCAUUGGAUACUGUCCGUGGAUUCUGUAAAUCUGUGUCAUAAAGGAAGAUUCCGCGAUGCCUACGAGCUGGACUUGUUUCCAUCAGAAAGCAAAUUCUUUCGCCAAGACACUUCUAAAUCCGCAGUCGGCCAUCCACCAAAACGACAUCCAACCAAUCCCCGUGGAAACGCCGGACCGCGACACGCGCAGUCUCCUGGAAAUCCUAACACAUACUACACGGGCCAGGGUCAGUCCAUCGUCAGUCCGAAAUUUUUCCGUCCUCAUCCAACCGCCACCCAUCACAUUGUCAACACGACGAAACCUCCUCAAACCCUCGUAACGCCCCUGCAUCAUCCACAUAGCGCUGUCUAUGUUACAUCCAGCACCAAGACCACUACCACCGAGCCGGUAUACUUGUACUCCAACGAAAUUGACCACGGUCCAAUCUUUAAACGCCAGCACAAAGCGUCCGCUGCGACCGAUCCUGAGAUGACGAGAAAGAGAACGACAGAGAGGCCGUAUUGGCAAAGUACCGACACCCCUCGGAAGAAGCCCGUGGUGCAUAAGCCAGGUCACCGCCGGAAUGACCAAACUCCCGGAAAAGACAACACGCACAAAACCCAGCAUACGAAUAAGCGGGCAUCACACGGUUCACCCGACAGUGUACCGCCGCCGGCCGUUCUCGCAGUAAUGGCCCGCAGUGUACGAGCCGCCAAUUACGGACCACAGCAGAAUUACCGGUAUCCUCAGGGUUACCAGCGUUCCGUGCGGUAUGAUGCGCGAAAUUAUCCCCAUCCUCCCGCCCAUUACAUCCACCCAGGUCAGAACCGCAAUCAUCAGGAGCAGCAGCAGCACUUGCCAGAUGCGCUGCCCCGUCUGGCCACGGUACGGUUUGUCAAGAUCGCUACGUACCAUCUGUCGCAUCUUCCCCCGGCGAUAUCCCGCCGGAAACCCCGUAUUGCCCACCAAGCGCCCUUACCCAUUACGGUGCACAAAUCCCUCUUGAAAUCACAGUAUCUCCCGUACCGCGGACUAAGCCGGACCGCAGCGCAGUCGCCGCCGGUGGUUAUGCAACAUUCACCGCAGCGCUACCACACUCCGGGCUACGGUUACAGUCCUUCGCAGGCCGUGCAGCAGGCGCUGGCCCCGGUGCAAACCUUCCGCCCACGGGACACUUAUGCCCAUCGUGUUGGUUACACUUGAUCUGCCCAUGUUAUUAAAACAUGAUGUUGUGUCCAUUCGUCGUGCAUGCAGUUUAAAUGUGUUAGAUGAUCUGGUAUUCCUACGCACUGUUAGCGGAAUUAGCGACAAUAGGUCGCCGGGUGA